GUUCUUUCAACAAUACAGCGAUCUACGAGUAUGAUACACGAUAAAUCUCUCUCCAAUUCAAUAGCCACGCCGGUAAUUGUAAUGGCAGACGAUCCACUCCCCUCAUACGCAAACGACGACUUCGACGAUGUCUUUGGCUCUGCGCCAUCCUCACCCUCCCUCCUCCCUUCCCAGCACCCCUCCACAGGAAACCUCGAACCCUCGGAUAUUCCACGCCUGCGCGAAAAACAUGAAACAGAAGGAUAUAGAGAUGGCGUCACGAAAGGGAAAGGGGAGAGUGUACAGGCGGGUUUCGAUGAGGGGUAUGGGUUAGGCGCUGUGCUGGGGUUAAAGAUUGGGAAGAUUUCGGGGUUGUUGGAGGGGAUAUUGGCGGGGUUGAGAGGGGAGGGAUUGGGCAUGGAGGGGGAGAGGACGAGGAUGGAGGGAUUAGUGAAAGGUGCGAAAGAGGAGUUGAGUACGACGAGUGUUUUUGGGAGGGAGUAUUGGGGAGAGGAUGGGAUUUGGAAGUUUGAGGUGGGGAAGGAAGGAGAUGGGGAGGGAGAGGUGGUUUUCCCAGAUGUUGCGGCGGCGCAUCCGUUGGUUAGGAAGUGGGAGGGGGUUGUUGAAGAGGAGGUUAAGAGGUGGGGGUUGGAUUUGGGGAUUUUUGAUGGGGAUGUCGAUGGUGAAGGCGACGAGGAGGAGGUGGUCGCUGUGAAGGGAGCACAAGGAAAAGAAGUUAGGAGGGGAGAGGUUGAGAGUGAACCUGUUGCUGCGGGUAUGGCGAAGGUGCUGGGAAUAUCAAAGAAGGAUUUGAGUUGGUGA